AUGAAGCAUAGUGAUUUCAGAAUCGGUCUGCGUUACGAUCGUCGGCUGCCUGUCAAGAUCGUACCAGUGAACUUGUUCACUGAUGACACUAGCGGCAACCGAUCAAAAAAAUGGAACAAGUUCGAUAGCUGGUCUCUAACGCCCGCUGCGCUUCCACUCGCUGAACGCAACAAACGGGAGAACACGCACUUGAUCGCUGUCCACAACAAAUUGACUGCUUUGGAGAUGCUUCCCUUUAUUGUCGAGGACUUG